CAGAUCCGCAACGAGUGUUUCCGCCGCGCUUGUCUCAGACUGGGCACCAUUUCCACCGCUGGUGUUGUGGGGGGGAAGCGCAGUAUUUACAACCCUACGUCCACAUCUAACUACCACUGCGACGCUGGUGAUUAAGACUUACACGUGGCUAGUAGACAGAUCCAAAAUGUCUGAACUCUUUAUGGAAUGUGAGGAAGAGGAGCUCGAGCCAUGGCAGAAACCAGCGCCACAGCAGGUGUUAAUUGAGGAUGAUGACGAUGAUGACGAGCCCAUAUUUGUUGGAGUAGUAUCAAAAAACGAAAAAGAGGUGCCGCCGAUCUCUCCACCUCCCUCAAAGACCAAUGUGGAGAAGCAAGUAGCCAACUCUGCUCCUGCUCCUGCUCCUGCAUCGACCCUAGCCUCCUCUCCUAUAAUGUUACCUUUGAAAAUAGCUGGAAAUGCCAUCAGCACUUCUUCAGCCGGUUUCACAACACUGACUCCGCAGCCUGUUAUUGUCAAUGAUCAGGGCUUAAUCGUAACCCAACAGUUAACCAGCAACAACAACCUCAUUGCCACUCUUGGGAAUCAGUAUCCUCCUGGGACCAAAUUUACCCUUGUAACAGCCGGUCAGCCGCAGCAGCUCAUCCAGCGGUUCGCACCAGUAACCACUGCGGUGCCCGGUGUUGUCCAUCGGCCUCAUGUGCAGCAGAUCCGAAACAAUGUUGUGACAUUGGCUAAUGUGCAGAACCCUACUGUAUAUACAGCCAAACCCCGUCUGCUACAAGUCAGCCAGGCCACUUCUCUGCAGACCAUUGCCUUGCCUGGUCAGGCUAACAGCUUAAACAAAGAGACCCUGAAGCGGGUGUUGCCAGCUCAGCAAAUAGACACUGCUGCAAAAAGAUUCAAAGAUGAUGUCGAUCAAGCAAACGUGACCAAACCAUUGGAAAAUGGUGACAUUAAGAAAAAUUGCCCAAACUGUAAAGAAGAAUUCCUACAGCAGGAGGCGUUGGAUUGUCAUAUGACUAGUUGUCAGGCUAAAGUGGAAGGGAACGCUCUGCUCGCCAAUAACAUUGUCACGUACAAACGCAUCAUGCUGGUGUCAGAAUUCUACUACGGCAGAUUUGAGGGUGAUCCUCUCAAGGCGUCUCUGCAGAGAAGCAGCGUCACUUUCAAGUGUCAAAGCUGCUGCAAAGUUCUCAAAAGCAACAUCAAGUUCAUGAACCACAUGAAGCACCACCUGGAGCUGGAGAAGCAGAACAAUGAGUCCUGGGAGAGCCACAUAACUUGCCAGCAUUGCUACCGCCAGUACACAACUCCAUUCCAUCUGCAGUGCCACAUCGAGAGCGCGCACAGCCCGAUCGAAUCUUCCACGAAUUGCAAGAUAUGUGAGCUCGCCUUUGAGUCUGAGCAAGUGCUUCUGGAGCAUAUGAAAGACAACCACAAGCCCGGGGAGAUGCCCUACGUCUGUCAAGUGUGCAAUUACAGAUCUUCCUUUUUCUCGGACGUGGAGACACAUUUCCGAAGUGCCCAUGUAAACACAAAAGACCUGCUGUGCCCUUUUUGUCUCAGAAUUCUGAGAAAUGGUCAGUGUUACAUGCAUCAUUUCAUGAAACAUCAGAAAAAAGGCAUCCAUCGCUGCGGAAAAUGUCGACUGAAUUUCCUCACCUACAAAGAUAGAAUCGACCACAGGGCUCAAGUCCACAAGACUUUUAGAAAGCCUUCAGUACUGGAGGGCCUGCCCGCGGGGACAAAGGUGACUAUUCGAGCCUCUCUCAGUGCCAAGACGGUCGCCAUGUCGAGUUCAGUGGAUCGAUCCGCUGUCGUUUUAACUCCUGAAACGCUAAGCAACAGUGCAAAAAUCAAACCUGGUGGUUUGGCCAAAUCCAAACGUAACACCUCCGAAGCAGUCAAGCCCAAGACAGUUCUGAAGAAUAAAGGGAAUUCUGCUACCAAUUGCAACCUGUCACUCAAAAGCAUGAGUGUGAAUGGAGGUUGCUAUACCUGCAUUGAGUGCAACACCAAAAUCGAUGACUUCUCUUCCCACUUCUUGCUCUCAUCGGAUUGUGGCGCCUGCAAUUAUCGGACAAGUUGCAAAGUUGCCAUUGGAAAUCACAUGAUCAGAUUUCACAGCACAGUCAGCAAGAGCAGGUUUUCCAAAGUGGAUCAGAGGAAACACUCAUCUGCAGUGAAAUUAACGCUGGUGUGUCUCAACUGUGACCUCCUGGUGGAUGCGUCAGGCGGAGACGUGAUGAGCAAACAUUUAAAUGACAGAACAAAUCACAUAUGCAAAGUCAUUGAGGAGAAAGGUGUCAAAGCCGAAACUGGAGUCCAGGACUACAGUGAGACUGUCCGAAUGAAAAGGAAGGAAAUACUCCCCAAGCUGAAGGAGGCUCGAGAAACGGGUGAUAUUGCCUGCCAGAGACACGACAAACCGAUGAUCGUCAAUCAAACUGCACACCAAAACAACGCAGAAACAUCUGAUCACUCCUCAAAGUCACUCACAGUUUUGAAGUCAUCACCAACGGAAACGACCUUUGAACCGGUGCAAAUCGAGAAGAUGGAACACUUACCUCACACCAAGGUUGAACAACUUCAACCUUUGGCCGUAUUGCCUGCAGCUCCCGAAGAUUCUGUCGGAGAAAGCGCGAUGCAAUCUGUCUCCUCAGCUGUUGAAGAUUCUCCGAGUGAAAACGUGAUGCAAUCUGUCUCCUCAGCCGUUGAAGAUUCUCAGAGUGAAAACGUGAUGCAGGCCGACUCCUCCUCUUGCGCGUUGGAUGGCGUUGAAGAUGUUGAGCCAAUUGGAGACUUGAAUAUCAUGGAAAACUGUCAACCUGAUCAAAUCUCUGAUUGAGCAGCAAACGGCGGGACCAACAGAGCCAAUACCAACAAACUCUUUUUAUACUUCUAAAACCAUUCAAGUGUUCCCCAUAGAAGAAUGGCAGAAUUUGUCAUUCAUCCAACCAUGAAUCAGUCAAGAUGUCCCGCCAAAGGCACAUUGUAGAUACGUCAUGAUAGUGGAUGCUGUUAAACACUUAUCGGUACAUUUAGAAAACAUCAUUGGGAUCCCACUGGUGAGCCGCGCAAUGCGUUUGAACCUUCGGCAUCCGUCUGGCACACUUUAUUUUUUAUUUUUUGUGCAGAACCAUUUUAUUGAAUAUGUUAACAUGACUUUCACACAGUUCUUUAGUUGUCGUGUACCAAGAUGGGCCGUUGGUUUUAUUUUGAUGGCAUUUGACCUGAAAUGCCUUCAUAGAAGUGUCUUUAAAUGGGCCGCAAGAGGGCAUGAUAUUCAAUACUGCACGUGAUGCAGGAUCAUCCAUUACCCUACUGACGCUCGAAACAUUGGCACCAUGGUUUUAGGUUUUGUCCCGAAACCAAAGAUUUUACGCUGAUGUAGAAAAUGUCCAUUGGUUGUGGUUCUUUUCCACAUUCCAAUCCUGACUUCAAAACACAAAUCUAAAGUUGAAAUAUUUAUUAAAAAAAAAAUGUUUACUUAAGACGUGUAUGUUAAGGAACAAUCCUGGUGCACAAAUGUCUCAUAAAAUUGGUUUACAAUUUAUAGUAUUGUUUUCUUCCUUUGUUUUAUGUCAUGUGGAAUAGUCUUCUCUAGAUCAUGUGAUCAAGGCGGUUAUUUCUACUUCUGAUAUCUGCUAUACUGUACAUUCAUUUCCAGGUUACAGUAUUUGUUUAAAAAAUAAAUAAAUGGCGUUAAUAGCCUGCUGGUGAUCUUCACUGGA